AUGUCCUUGACAUUACAUCGUAUCGUCGUUCCGUCAUCAUCGCCUACAACGUCAUCGUCAUCAAAUGUUGAUGACGUCGUUGAUGACUAUGACGUCAUCAAUGAACAAACAUUCAUAUUCUCGUUGGAUGGAGUCAACAUCCUUAACAGCAGAGAGUCUAAAAAUAGCAUCGAAAGUGAUGAAUUUAACUUUGGCGGAAAUUCCUGGUCAUUAGUUUGCGCCAAGAAAGAUGAAUUUGUAGGACUUUUUCUGAAGUGGAAAUACCAGGAUAGUGGGACAUCUAAAGAUUUCACGAUUAAAACAAAAUUCGUCCUGACCAUUCUGCACCAGUGUCAGGCAAACUUCAAUGUUUCGUUUAUGUCUUCAUCUCAGAGGUUUUCAUCCUCGCAUUCCUUACUGGGAAAGUCUAAAAUGAUUUCAAUGGAAGAUUUGCUCAAUCUGGACAAUGGGUACCUGGACGAUACCGGUAAAGUAGUGAUGGUUGAAAUCCGAAUGAUUGGUUGUACGGUUCGAUACGAGUCCAUUGUCGAUAUAACCCCGAAAAGUCGAACUCGGAAGAAUGCGAGUGGUGUAUAUUUCGAUUCGAGUUUGUUCAAUCUAGCGAAUCAACGUUGGUUUUUGAGAUUUUACAUUUCGAAACUUAACUCUAACGGCUUACCGGCUGUUUAUUUGUAUCUGCACAACGGUUCUCCCCUAACCACGCAGUUGCAAUUCACACUAUUCCUGGGGAAGGAAUGUACCGAAAUCUUAGACUACGAUUUUGGUGAAGGUGCCAAAUUUGACGGUUUUGGUAAAACUCUUCCAGAACCGUUCCCUAGUCCUGAAAAAAUGACUGAAAUGAGUGUCGCAUGCGAAAUAACGAGACAGAAAGUCUACAAAAUCGUUUCGGUUCGACUAAUGACAAACUUCCUAACCAAUCGCACUCUGACCGGAAGUAACACACCAAAUAGAAAAAGUCCAAUCUCGUUUGGAAACUCGCAAUCAAGAGAAAAACUAAAAUUAAGAUUAUCCCCUUACGACUCGUCGAACCAAGUUUUUCAAGAUCACUUUGGAAAUUCAUGGAAGAUAGAACUUUCUAGAGAAACUGCAUCCCAUUCUUGCGUGACAUUUCAGUUCGAUAGAGGAACUUACCACUACCCAAACAGCAAGUCCACAAUAUCUUGUAUCCAGGCCUACGUUCUUUCAAAUGAUUUAACCAUAGCGAAAGAUGUUCCCAUGUCCAAUGGCAGUUACGUAAUUGGAUACUUUUCCAAUUUCACCGAUGAUAAGGGAGUCUUGAUGAAUUUUCACUUGAAUCCUGCUCUGUUGACCGACAUCAAAGGCGGGUAUCUGAACGAGAAUAACGAAGUAACAAUGAGAGUUGAUUUUGUCUCCAUACAAUGCACUCCGUUCUCUGUCAGAUCGGGACCAAAGUAUGAUCUCUACAUCAAACAUCUCCUCGAAUUAAGGCAAGAAUUAUCUAAUGACGCCUCACAAAAAUCUGUGCUAAAUAAUUUAAAAGAAAUGUCCGCAUCCAGAGCAUCACUUUCACUUUAUAAUAUGGACGAGAUUAGUAGUAACAAUAGCAACUCCAGCGGUCUGGGAAUUUCUCACAACAAAAUGAAAAUCGAAACUGAAAGUUUUGAAAGAACCAAGUCUAUUGAUAGCCUAAAUAGUUCAUCAAACGGUCGAUUUUCACCAACAAAUAACAGCAACAACAUCAACGAUAGCAUCAACAAAAACAACAACAACUUCAGCAACAACAAACCCAUGACAACAUCAACAGCAAUAACAGUCUUACACGAUUUUAUCAAAAACUUAGCUCUCAGCGUAGAACUUAAUAAUGGUAAAAAUAAAAAUAAUAACUUCAGCUAUAGACUUAAUGAAAAGAAAAAUAACAACAACAACAACGACGACAACAGCAACAACAAUAAUAAUAAUAACAGUAGAUACUCGAAAAUGACUGAAGAGCAGUUAAUAAGGCAAUCCAGCGCAGAUGAAUCGAUAGAAAAAAAACAUUUCGAUGCAAUAAAUAGAAUAUGUGAUCAUUUGAAGCAAGCAUCAUUUCUCCAUGUCACCAACGUAAUCAUCCUUGGCUCCCUGGGCACGCAAACAACGUCUGCAAGCAGAUCUGACGUCGACAUCAUCAUCUACUGCAAAAAUUUACCGAUCGUUAACUACGAGAAAUGGAUGCCAGCCUUAUUACACACGCUCAAGCCUUCAAUAAUACAAAGUCUUAACAGUACUAUAACCACAUCCGAGUUAGAAAAUUCGUCGUCAUCAUCAUCAUCAUUUUCUUCUUCUUCAUUCUUUCAAUUUACCGAUCACUCUAUCCAAUUCACGAUAAAUUCGGUUUUGGACGUUGAUAUUAUGCUAGCUUCGGAUCUCUCUAAUACCGGCGAUACAGAACAGUCUGUUGGAAUCGAUUCUAAAUUAAUUAAGCGAAUAUUCGACGCCGGUACUAAUAAAUCAACUGCCGAUAAGUCGAAUACCGAUGUCGAUAUGUUCAUUUCUGAAUAUGAUAUCAGCUGUUUGGAUUUGUCCUGUUCUCAUCUGAGGAAGAUUCUCAUAGACGAAUUAAAGCCAGAGAUCAAAGAUUACAUAAAGGUAGUGAAACAUUGGCGAAAUAACAUUAACUGGUCGAGAUCAAGCUACAGACCAGACAGCUACCUUAUAUUACUUCUAGUCAUACGUUCCGCAGAAAUUUGCGAAAAAAAAGGCCCAAGUCUGUUUGAAGUGUUGGCUAUGUUGGGAAGUUUGUUGAAAGAGCCAGAGCUAAGAGUGUUCUGGAAUUGGUUUUACAAUCCUUCUGAAUUCAUGAAUAUGGAAUUUCAUCCUCCAACUCCACUAAUUUUAGAUCCGGUAAAUCCAUCAGUGAACGUGGCGGCCAGACUUAAGUAUUGGGGAGAGUUUAAAAGAGAAUUCUUCAAAUGGCUUACCGAAUUAGAUAUCCCUAUAUAG